UGUUGCGAGUAUAAAUAACAGGGCUACUCGAGACGUCUAAGCAUAACACAUUCAGCUCUUCGGUCAAGAAGUCCAAGCAACACAAAACCAGAAAAAUGUUCAAACUGAUUGUCCUCGUAUCUGCCCUGUGCGCCGUGGCCAAUGCCGGAGUUAUCUCGCCCUACAGCCAUGGAUACGGACUGGGAUACGGAGCUGCCUUGGCUCCAGCUUAUGCCGCCCCGGCCGUGAUCUCGCACGCCCCGAUCAUCAAGAGCUACGCUGCCCCCAUUGUGGCCCACCCGGUGGCCACCUCCUAUGCCAACACCUACAAGGUGGCCACCAAGGCCAUCCCAGUGGUCCAUGCCGCUCCCCUGGUGCACGCCGCUCCUCUGGUCCAUGCCGUGCCUGCACUGCACUCCACCUCCACCUACCACGGAUCCUAUGGCGGUUACGGUAGCUACGGUCUGGGAUACUCCGGCUACGGACACGGAGCCUACCUGCACUAAGGAUUUGAAUGUCAGAAAGGAUACCAGCCCUGUUGACGACCUCGAUUGAAGUGAGAACAUUCAGCGGAUAAUUCGCAUUUUGCUGCCGUCAAAGUGUUGAAUUUGCAUUUCGUAGUCAGAGGCGAAAAUACAAACUGUGUACAAAAAUCAUCAAUACCCAGACACCCACUUGGAGACAGAGACAACUAGAUAACUAAGGACAGCUAAUGGGAGGCGGCGAGAGCGAGAGAGAUUGAUGAAGGAUCAAGUUUCGUUGAUUUUGUUAUUAUGGUGCAACUCCAUGCAUUGUGGCUUAAACACUUUCUGUAAAUAAACGAUACAUGACUCUUUUAACGAA